CCAUAUUAACUGAUAUUAACCUACCCACCAGCUAAACAUAAUCCUGCGUCAAAGGCAUGGCUGACAAGGGACAUCAUGGAGGGCAUAAUGGUCCUGUUGGAUGCGGCCCAGGGCAUUACGGUCCUGGUGGAGGCCACGGCGGACACCAUGGGGGUGGACCUGGCCACGGACAUGGUCCAGGAGGCGGAGACCCUGGUGGUCAUUGUCAUGGAGGUGGAGGCCCUGGCAGCCAUGGCGGCUGGCAUGGAGGCCAUGGUGGCCAUGGAGGCCGUGGCGGCCGCCAUGCAUGGCGGACCUGUCGACCUUCUGGAUUUAGCUUGAGUGUUGCAUUAUAUGAUCCUCAAGUUUGCGUUGUCUGAAUCUUAGUUUGGCAAAAAAAUAAAAAGGCGGUGGCUGAAAAUUUUCUUUUUGCAGGUGGGGUUGCAGUCAUUUGAAAGUUGGGUAGAAAUGGGUUAUUAUUAAUUAGGGUAAAAUACUAAUUUGGUAUCUCAACAUUUAUAUUUAUAUUAAAUUUAUCUUUAAAUU